CAUGCUUUCCAGUCACAUUCGCAGGCUGGCAGCGGGAGCGGUGCAGACAGCGAGUGCUUGCCCGUGGACGGCCGCAGGUGAUGGGCAGCGCCCGGGGCUGCAGAGCUCGGUGCCAGGGACAGGAGCCCUGUGUGCCUGAGUUUCAGUGACACUGCCGGGCUCCCCCCUUACCCGUGUGCCCUCCAUCUCCUCGCCUGCGUGGUCGUGGCCUCCAGGUCGCUGGGCACCCAGCCCGGUGGGCCCGGCGGGGGCUGUGGCGCGGCUCGGCGCCGCUGCUGGGGGACCCGCAGUGGGGGAUGUGGCGGCAGCCCUGCCGUGCCUGCCCGGGGAUGCCGUGGGCUGCUGUGGCAACGCCUGGCUCCCGGAGCCCAAAGUGACUGCAACUAACUCGAGGCUGGGACUGCUUCUCGGAGGAUGCCCCGUGUGUCUGCGGCCACUGCUCGCCGGCCUCGCCACAGAAUAUCGCCGGGGGCUUGCUCGCCGCUGCCGAGGGGGGGCAGAGGCAGAGGCCGCCCGAGGGUUAAGCGCAUCAGCCCGCACGGCAAGUGUGCCGGCAGGAAAUAAUCUGCAGAGGUACAUGUGCAGCAAUUCAACCGCCGCUGCUCUCGCCGGCUGCCGCCGCAGCUGGAUGUGGGAGAGGAGCUGCGCCGCUCGCAGGAGAUGCUGGCUCGGUGUGCCCGCGAUGCCCCGCACGGCAGCGUGUCUGAGCUGGGCUGAACGCCUCCAUCCGAACGGAUUUACGGUGGCUCGCAGGCUCUGCCGGCUCGCUGAGAGGUCUCCCUGGCAUUUCUGAGCCUCCUCCUCGAUGAGCAGCUCAGCUUGGUGGCAUCCAGGAGUGCAAAGUGCUUCCAGAAGAGCCUGCUGAGUGCAUGCCAUGAGCCCCUGAGUCACACAGAGCAGCCUUCCCCUCUCGCCACCGACGCUGCCCUCACAUCCUCCUUGGAGCAGCUGCCAGAGGGACUGAACUUUGCUGCUUCCAGCUGUGUGCCCAGGACCUUUCCCGUGUCAUCAGAGGCUGCUGGAACCCUGUGCCUAGGUGGUGCCACGUGGAAGUGAGACACUCACCCUGCUCCCCCACAGCCUCUCCCUGCUUCCCUCCCUGCCAGCUGCUGCAUCCCCACGUUCCAGAUGUGCAGGCAGCUGCCAAGAGCUUCCCCCGCAGGGUGCAGGUCCUCUCUUGCCAGGAUAAAAGCCAUGGACCUGGCAGCCGCCCGGCGCCCGCAGAGCCUCCUUGCCCGCAAGGCUGUCGCCCAGAGGUCGUCUCGCAGCGCGCCCCGGGCCACUAGGAGAGGUCGGCAGUGACUCCUGCGAGGCUGCUCUGUCGCUAUGGGAGAGCGAGCGAGUGUCUGGCUCGGCAUCUGCGGAGUUGGGCCCCGGCCCCGCCGCUCGGCACAGGGCUCGGCAGCCAGGCAGGGCUAGGAGCCAGCCGCGCCCGCCGACCAUGAGCCGCUCCGGCAGCACCGGGCUGCUGCUCAGCAUCGCCGCGCUGGCGGCCGCGCCGCACCUGGGGCCGCACGGCGGAACCGGGGCUUGGGCCCUCGGCACCGAUCUGACUCUGAACCAGAGCCUGCCCACGGCUGAGCCUCUCAACGCCUCUGAGAGGGACGCAGCCGCCCGGCCGGCGGCGAGGGAGAAGAACUGGCCAGCCCUGCUGAUCCUGGUGGUCAUCCUGCUGACCAUCGGCGGCAACAUUCUGGUCAUUAUGGCAGUCUCCUUGGAGAAGAAGCUGCAGAACGCCACCAACUUCUUCCUCAUGUCCCUGGCAGUGGCAGACAUGCUGGUGGGUAUCCUGGUCAUGCCCGUGUCACUCAUUACAGUCCUCUAUGAUUAUGCUUGGCCUUUGCCUAACCAGUUGUGCCCUAUCUGGAUUUCCCUAGAUGUGCUCUUUUCCACUGCAUCCAUCAUGCACCUCUGUGCCAUCUCUCUUGACCGGUACGUAGCAAUCCGCAACCCCAUUGAGCACAGCCGCUUCAACUCCCGCACCAAGGCCAUCAUGAAGAUCGCUGCCGUCUGGACCAUCUCCAUAGGAAUAUCUAUGCCCAUUCCAGUUAUUGGUUUGCAGGAUGACUCCAGGGUGUUUGUCAAUGGGACCUGCGUCCUCAACGACGAGAACUUCGUCCUGAUCGGAUCCUUCAUGGCCUUCUUCAUCCCCCUCAUCAUCAUGGUGAUCACCUACUGCCUGACUGUGCAGGUGCUGCAGCGGCAGGCGAUGGUGUUCAUGUGCGGGGAGGCGUCCAAGCAGAGGAGGAGCAGCGUCAACUGCCUCAAGAAGGAGAACAACCCAGAGCACAUCUCCAUGCUGCACAACCACGAGGGGGCCUCCCACCUGAACUCCCCGGUGAGCAAGGAGGCGGUGCUGUUCCGCAAGGGCACCAUGCAGUCCAUCAACAACGAGCGCAGGGCCUCCAAGGUGCUGGGCAUCGUCUUCUUCCUCUUCCUCGUCAUGUGGUGCCCCUUCUUCAUCACCAACGUCAUGUCUGUGCUGUGCAAGGAGGCCUGCGACAGGGCCCUGCUGGGCGAGCUGCUGGACGUCUUCGUGUGGGUGGGCUACGUGUGCUCCGGGGUCAACCCCCUGGUCUACACCCUCUUCAACAAGACCUACCGCAGGGCUUUCUCCAGCUACAUCCGCUGCCGCUACCGGGGCGGCCACAAGGCGGCGCUCAGGCAGAACCAGUGCCUGAACGUAGCCUCCACCGCUCUCUACGGCAAGGACCUGACUCUGACCAGCUACCGCAACGGCAACGACUUCAACAGCGUGGAGCUGGACGAGCCCGAGGAGGGCCUGGAAAUGCAGCCUGGCACUUCAGAGCUCUCUAUAAACAGCUGUAACGUUGUGAGCGAAAGGGUGAGCUGCGUCUGAAGGUGCCCCCUUGGUCCCUUUGCUUUCUUUUCUUUGCUUUUUGGGUUUGGGUUUGGGUUUUGGGGAUUUUUUUGGUUUGGCUAAGGUGUAUCUGAAGGCAAAAAAGAAAACAAUACAUGGUGUAAAAGAAAUGGUCCAAGGACAAUGUAAAUACUGCAUUCUGAACACAGCUAUUUUUUUUUUUUAAGACAAGCAAAAAAUACCCCCCCAAAAAGAAGGGAAGUUUGUCCCUCCAGUUGGGUACUGAAAAUCCCAUCUAUGAAUGCACUGCAGCGAAGGUUAAGGCUCUGUAUUUGCUGUUAACUCUCAGUGACCUUGCAUAAUGUCAUGGACACACAGACCCCCCCCCAAAAGAAAGUCUGAAUUCCUCUUCCAAUGCAUGAGCAAAAAAAGAAGCAGCCCAGAACCCCUGACCUGCCGGCGCUGGCUGCUCCCCUCAGGGGUGGCUGCGGGGGCGCGGAGCGGCACGGCGGUGGUCAGCUGCGGGACACGCUCCCCCGCGCCCAGCAGGACCUCUCUCUUUGCCAGCUGGCAGUGAUUCUGGGCCCUCAGCCUGGGCUGCGCUGUGCCAGGCUGCACGGAGAGCUGGCGGAGGGACAGCACAGCAGCCCGCGGCUCUGCAGGCACCUGGCCCGACACGGCCUGCGGGGGGUAUGGCUUGCUGGCAUGCUGGGCACCCUGGCGCCUCAGGGCACCUCGGGUAGAGUCCUAUUCCCUCUCCAGUCCACUUCCCUUCUUUCCAAGGGAUGUCUGAUAGAUUUUGACUCCCCCUCCGCAAUCCUCUUCUUUCCAAGGGAUCUCUCCUAGAUUUCUAUUCCCUCUCCAGUCCUCUUCUUUUCUUCCCAAAGGGUCUCUGAUAGAUUUUGACUCCCCUUCCAAUCCUCUUCUUUCCAAGGGAUCUCUGCCAGAAUUUGGCUCCCUCUCCAGUCCUCUUCUUUCCAAGGGUUCUCUGCUAGAUUUUGACUCCUUCUCCAAUCCUCUACUUUGCUUUCCAAGGGAUCUCUCCUAGAUUUCUAUUCCCACUCCAAUCCUCUUCUUUUUUUCCCAAAGGAUCUCUGCCAGAUUUUGACUCCAUCUCCAGCCCUCUUCUUUACUUUUCAAGGGACACCUGAUAGAUUUUGACUUCCUCUCCAAUCCUCCUCUUUUCUUUCCAAAGGAUCUCUGCCAGAUUUUUACUCCUUCUCCAACCAUUUCCUUUCCAAAGGAUCUCUCCUAGAUUUCUAUUCCCUCUCCAGUCCUCUUCUUUUCUUUCUAAGGGAUCUCUGCUAGAUUUUGACUCACUUUCCAAUCUUCUUCUUUUCUUUCCAAGGCAUCUCUGAUAGAUUUCUAUUCCCUCUCCAAUCCUCUUCUUUUCUUUCCAGGAGAUCUCUGAUAGAUUUUGACUCCCUCACUCCCUCUCUAAUCCUCUUUCCAAGGGAUCCCUGCUAGAUGUUGACUUCCUCUCCAAUCCUCUUCUUUUCUUCCCAUUCCCCAGGAGGCUCCAGCUCUCCUCAGGAAGGGUUGCACCCAGUUGUGUGUGACCCUGGCUGGGAUCACUUGCACACUCGUGGGAGCAGUGUGAGAAGCCUUAGUCAUCUGCUUCAACCAGCUGACAAAUGCAGACCUUCAGAUUUAUGGGAAGCCCUCCCUGGGUCUUAGAGUUAAACAUCAGCUGUGGGAAGGAGCAGGCUGUGCUCAGUAUGGAAGGCACUGCCUCCACAGGUUGCUUGGAUGAUCAGGGUCUUGGGUUGACCUGGAGAAGAGCACUCUGGCUUUGCAAGAGCUCAGUCCUCACAUCUAUUUAUUCCUUAGCUUCUACAACAUUUGGUUUUCAACCUCAUGGGGCUUGCAGGAUGAUGAUAAACCACUGCUGCAGGUGGAGAGCAGGAGCUCCUGUGCAGCUGGUGCUGUGAGCUGAAGGACACAGCAGAGAGGCAUAAGCAGAGGUCCUUGCUCCUUUCUUCUGCCUCUGGAUGGGGUGGGCAGAGCUGGACAGAGGAUGUGACCGGAGCAAUCUGCUGCUGAUGUGGUUCAAAAAGCAAACAACGACCAGGGACUGGAAGGAAGCAGACCUGGAGCUGGUCUACGUGGAAGAUUAAUCUGAAUCAAGCUUUCAAUUUGCUCCAGUCCAUUUGACUCCCCAGGCACAUGAUAGGGUAUUGUAUUAAUACCACUGAGAGCUGAGCCAGAGCAGCCACGGUGGCACUUAAGGCAGCUUCAGUAAUUUGCUUUUCAUUCACACCAUAGAUACUUUGAAUUAACUUCCCUCUCUGCCUCCAAAACAUCCUGUCUUCCUGGCACUGUGCCCCUAGGGUGAUGCCUUCUGUGCAGUUCUCCUUCUGUGGAGUGCUGUCCACAGCCAGAUUCUACCUGCAAGUGUUUGACAUCUUCAUUAACUAAGCCAGAUGCUGCAGUGGCCACCCAACAACAAUGCCUUUAGCACCAAGCUGCAGCAAGAGAAAUGUGGCCAGCAGGGUGAGGGAGGGGAUUCCCCACCUCUACUCCACCCUGCUGAGACCCAGCCUUCAGUACUGUGUCCAGUUCUGGAGUCACUAUUGCAGGAAAGAUCUGGAGGUGCUGGAAGGUGUCCAGAGAAGGUCCAUGAGGAUGAGCAGAGGGCUGGAGCUGCUCUGCUGUGAGGAGAAACUGAGGGAGUUGUGGCUGUUCAAUUUGGAGAGAAGGCUCUGGGGAGACCUUAUUGUGGCCUUCCAUUAUCUGAAGGGGGCUUCAUGGAAGCUGGGGAGGGAGUUUUUAGGGUGUCAGGUAGGGAUAGCACUGGGGGGAAUGGAGGAACACUAGAAGCAGGUAGGUGCAGAUUGGAUGUUGGGAAGAAGUUCUUCACCAUGAGAGACACUGGAACAGGUUACCCAGGGAGCUGGUGGAAGCCUCAACACCCUGGAAGUUAUUAAGGCCAGGCUGAAUAUGCCUCUGGGCAGCCUGCUCUAGUGUGAGGUGUCCCUGCCCAUGGCAGGGGGGUUGGAACAGGCUGAUCCUUGAGGUCCCUUCCAGCCCUGACAAUUCUACCAGUCUAUGAUCUCUGGCUAUGAAAGACUUCAGACCAGCAAAGCUUUCACUGGGCAUGGGUAAAUUGCAAUUUGCUGGCAAGAGCUGCUUGUACCCUAAACUUGUUGUGUUCAUCCCACCCAACUUAGAGAAGAAAUGGGAAGUGCUGCUGUGUGCUGAGUGUGCUGCAUUGCGAGCAACAGCCUCGCCGAGCCCACUCUUGGAGUACAACACAUGGGUUGCCUCUGCUUCUGAGCUGUGCCAGCAUGAUGCACUGAGUCUGAUAGUCCUUCCUCCUCCCUCAUCCCUUCCUGAGAGUACUUCCAUGCAGGCAGGAGGGCCAGUGUGGAGCCUACUUUCCUCCUCGCAGAAGGCAGGGGAGAUGCAGCACGUUCCCCUCUGCUGACACACUCUGGGCUUGAAGGCUUGGGAACUCGCCUCUCCAAAGAGGGCUGCUAACCAGUAGGAAAAGGAGUGGCCAGAGACACAAGCUUGUGCCUUCAGGGCCUGCCCUUUGCACUGAGUCUGGUUUGAUUGUCUCACGGAGCAGAGGCAGCUCAGAAAGGCUCACAUUGCUUUGAAGUCCUUGGUUCACCUCGGUUCAUCGCUCUCCUUUGCAGACCUGUAUAUGUGUGUGUAUAUAUGUCUGACUGUGUACAUAUAUAUAUACAUAUAUAGAGAGAUAUAUAUAUACAGAUAUAUAUAUACCCUUAAAAGCCAACCAGAGGCUUGGAAAGCACUUAGCAAUAAGCUGAACUGCAGUAACUGCUGGCACACAUGUGGUGUGUGAACAGCUCAUCUCCCACAGCGCCCCAAACUCAGCGGAAGGCCACGCAUGGCACAGGAGCCUUCGGGUCCUACCCUUGCUGGUUCUGGGCUGUGGGCACGAGGGGAACCUGCUCUGCCUGGAGGUAAAUAAUGAGAGCUGAACAGAGAACUCACAGAGUUUUUGUAAAGGUUUUUAAAUGAAUUCCAGGGCUGUAAGUCUGGACCUUGGCUGCUCAGCUGACCUACAGCGCUUGUCCGGACAGAUGGACAAGGGCACUGCCUCCUGGCCCCUGCCUUCUCUCCUGGCCAGCAAGUGAAAAGGUUUUUGGAAUGGUUGAAUACUGUCACUUACCCAACCUCCUUUGGGUCAUUUCACAUCAGGGUUUUGUGAUGCUGCUAUUAAUUUAUUAAAGAGAGUCUGUUGGUUUAA